AUGGCUACAACCGACGAUCCCAACCAGCCACGGCUAUCUGGCUCGUCACGCCUCCUCCCGUCCGUUCUCCUGUCCAACUACUCGACCUACCGCCCACAAGCCUUCCAGCCAACAUGCACUCAUCUUACCAUGACACGCAUCUAUGACAAGGAGUUCGAUCGGGAGCCCCUUAUCGAGGAUGCCAUCAGAAAGAGUCAUCCUGUGAGCUUCGAUCUUCUCGGUGUCUCACUCAGCGUAAUGCUGUCGCCUGGGCCACGAAGCGCUGAGAGACGAUCUGACAAGCUCAAUUUCCUCACCGAGACCCCCCUUGACCAGUUGAAUAACUACACUCCUGGGCAGGUGGUGACUAUCCUUCGGCAAAGAGAGCAUCUGCUGGAGGUCCUCCACCGUGAGCAAAUGACGGCGAACCAGAAGUUGCUGCCAUACUAUCUCCCCUCGCCGGGUAUCAGUCGCUUCAUUGAACCUCCGCCUGGUUCUCGCUACCCGGCUAAUGAGAAGCCCUGGGUUCCUCGCGAGAACGCAGAGUGUCAGGCUAAGUAUUGCCAUCGUUGCCGCCCUUCUUGCGCACUGAGGACGUACUUAAGCCUGAAUGCGAUUCUCAACGACGAGAUUCCCCCUUCUGCAGCCACUGGGUUCGGCUUCCACCGCAUGGGUACACGGCCAGUUGUCGAUGUGGAAGUCAUCAGAUAUAUCGGUCUGCGACCAGUGCCCUGGCCCAAGGCUGGACCCUCGACGGUUCCUUCAUCGCCCUCGUCUGAUGGUUCGGAUUGGACCUUUACGGACGUUACAGACGUUAUUGAGCCUCAUCUCGUUGGCGCGGCUGGCAUCGAAAGAGAUUCCACGCCGACCCCAGGAGAGACCCCGUCUAUCGACAGUAUUAUCUGCACGCCUCCACGGCAUGAUGUCCCUGACAAGAUUCGUCCCGCUUGGUCUCCGCCUCCGACUCCGUCUGCUUGGGUAGGAUCACGUUUGCACAAGAGUGGUAUGACGACCUUUGAGCAUCAUCCACCUGUCUAUGACGGCCGAAGUCCCGCCUCUUUGAGAACGAACGAACAGGUCCGCAACCAAGUUCUCAGUUCCAUCGAAUGCAAAGAGCUACAGCCCACCUGCGAUACUAAGGAGCUCCAGUCUAUUAGCUCGCAUGCGCCCUCUGGAAAAGCGACGUUCAUCAGGGCUCUGUUGACUCCGCUUCCUGCUCCUACCUCCGAGGAGAACUUCUGCCUGCGUGAUGAUGUGACUUCCAUGAUGCUGGAAGAAAUGGAGGAGAGACAUUUCCACCAGGAGCCCUUGGAAGUUGGUGACCACGGCGUUGCUGUUCUCGAGGAGAGCCUUGGCCUGGGCGUUCCUGACGUUAUUUCCCAGGUCUAA